CGUCUUUCGAAAAUUGUUAACAGAAAACAUUGGAAUUUGCGGUGGAUUUAGAUUGCUGCGGUGUUUUUUCGCGGACAGACCAAUAAUUUUUAAAUGUCAGACACGGCAUCUGAAUAUGCAUGUUAUAUUCUAAAUAAGUAUUUUGGUGAAGCUGCCACAGUAAGCACACAUAUUCUGUGUGUUAAAGGUUCAUCAAGUUUGUCGGAAAUUUUAAGGGAUUCUCACAAAAAGUUACACUCAAGUCGAGUUUGCAAAUGCCUUAUUUCACUUAUCAGACAUUCCAUGUUAACUAUACAGAAAGAUUCGAUAUUAAAAUACAGUUUAAAUUAUGAACGAAUAUAUUUUGUGCCAAGACUUCCAUUGUUUUGCAAACUCGUGUUUCAUUACUAUGGCAAGGUUGCUGAGCAGGCUAUGAUUUAUUUCUCUAUGUUUGGGCGUGGAUCUUUAAGUGACCUGUUAGUGUAUUGUGUUAAAAAGCAUCUUCAUAGUAAACUCCCUGUAGAAGAACAACACAGCUAUGUCGAAGCUUUAGGAACCACUGUGACCACUCUUGUUAAAACCAAUGUCCUGCAAAUUGUAAAUCCGAAGCUGUGGUCAGUUGAAUCUAACAAGGAAACUAAUUUAUCGGCUGUACCUUCUCGAACAGCUGAAGCACCUGUACAUGUCAAUGUCUCGGAAUCUGAAAUGCAAAUACCAAAGGACGAUAUAUGUGAAGCAUUACAUAAUUACAUUUCUAGUGGAUUUGUUAACUGGCCUAUUGCAAAUGAAAGAAAUAAUGAACCAGUGCGUAAACGUGUAAAACGUUAUGAUGAAUCAUCCGAGUUAGUGAAAUCUCUUAAAUUGGUGGUCUGUCCAAAUAUUAAAACAUUAGAGACAAUGUGGAGAGAUCGAUUGAUAUGUCAGUUGGCAAGUGAAAAACUUGGUGAAAUAUGCGGUGAUAUUCUUUCACAUUUAUUAUGUAUUGCUACAGCUGCUAAUAGGGGCACAGGAAUCACCUCCACAGAGUCAGGAGCCGUUUCACGUUCAGAGCUUUUGCGAAGUAUGCGAAUUGUACCGGAUCAUAUAUCCUCGUAUAUAUCCUUACUGAUAGAUGAUGAGGUAAAAUUCCUUUUACAACAACCUGGAUUAGCUGGUUACAUGUACACAUGUCCUUAUAAAUAUGUCAUUAAACAACUAUUUAUCAAAAAUGUGGAGUAUAUUAUACAAGUCCUCUUUGAAAGUAAUGGGUUACGUAUUUUCCGAUUUCUUCUGCUUUCUGGACCUUCAAAUUUAGAAGAGGUUGAACGAAAAGUAUUGCUUCCCCAAAGUGAUUUCCGACGAAUACUACCACGUAUGGUAUCUAUGGGACUUAUUACAACAACUGAACUAUCGCGAACAAAGGAAUACACAGCAGAUACUAUCUUUUGUUUGUAUUCCAUCAAUUUGUUGCAAGUUGCUCGAUUGGUAAUUGAACUUUCGCAACAUGAGGUUUUUCGUAUCUCUUUGCGUCGUGAUUAUGAAUUUUCACAGAAAAGUCGUCUAAUUGAACAACGUUACCGUAUUGAAUCUCUUAUCCUGCAACAUCAGGCUAAGUUGAAUGAAUACAACGAAUCAUCGUCUAGUGCAUCUCUAAAUGAUUCGAAUGAGUCUGAAUCACAACACAAAGAAAGUAUAGAAUCUUUGAAAUCUUCAAUAACACCUGCUGAACUGCAUCAAUUAACAGUUUUGUCAGAUAAAUUAUCUAAGUUAAUUAACUGUGAAUACAAAUGUCAUACAGCAUGGUUUGUAGCUGAUCUUUUUCUUCGUUUACAUUCUUGAUUACAUUAAACGUAAAAAUCUAUGUUCUCCAGUUGUAUGUAAAUAAUUUUUAUGCUAAGUUACCCAAGGUUUCAUGAUAUAUAGAACAUAAAUGAAUCUUGUAACGUUUUAAUGAUUUCAAAAUAUAUAUUACUGUUUUAGGAAAUGACGUUUUGGUUUACCAUCGCUAUUGUAACGAGUACAUUGUAUUUAUUCAAAUAAAGUAUUAAAGUAACUGCG